UUAGUUUUUACUUAAAGGUUUUUUUAUUAGUUUUAAUCAUCGUUAAUGUUAUUGAUUAGUUACAGUUUUUUGAUUAUUUAUAAAUUUUACUAGUGUAAAUUUCAAAUUAAAAGAAUUUAAAGAAUUUUAUUAUGGAUAAACUAAAAAGAGAUGGAAAAAAAGGUGAUGGAAAGUGGAUUAAUGAGGGUUAUUCUUAUUAUAAACUGUCCGAGCAUAAAAGAAAAGAUGGUGCAGUUGUCACAUCUGUUGCAUGCAUUAAAAAAAACAAUAAAGCUUAUCACUGUCCAGUAACUGGGUGCUUUAUUGAUAACGUUUUUCAUCCAAAAAAUGAUAAUCACCAAGAUGCUCCUGAUCCAUUACUGCUUCAAAGAUGGGCAACUUAUAAACGUGCUAAGGAUUUGAGUGCAAUACGCGGAAUAAAUGCAGGGCAAAUUUACACUACAGCCUUUUUAAUAGAGAACAAUGAUAUAGCAACAGAUACACCAUCCUGUAAUGUACGUAGAACAAUUCAAAAAAUGAUCGCUAAAUCGCAACCGGAGCAGACAAAAUUACCACCAAAAACUAACACUUUAAUAAAAUUAAUCGAAUCCCUCACUUCAGUUGAAAAAAGUGCUUUACUGCAAUAUGGUGAACAAAUGAAACAUCACAUACAGUGCUAUUUAGAACAAGUGGAAAUAAAAAAUGGAUCAGUAGCAUCAAAUUUAUAUUUAUACGAUGAAGAGUUCUUCAAAAAUAUUUGUUCAAUACAAGAACAACAUCUUUUUAUUGACGGUACUUUUCGUUGCAUCCCUCAAUUAAAAGAGAAAAUAACUCAAUUACUAACUAUUAUGGUUAAAAUAGAGAAUAAAUCAACAAAAGAAUGCAAGGCGGUUCCAUGUAUGUGGGUACUAAUGACACAUAAAACAACGGAAUGCUAUGACAAAUUAUUUAAACAUAUUCAAAAACGAUUUCCUACUUUCUCUCCCAGUCGAUACAUGAGCGAUUAUGAAGUAGCCGUAGGAAAUGCAAUAGAAGCAACUUAUCCAAAUAUCCAAGCGACACAUUGUUACUUUCAUUAUUCCCAAGCAAUAAUGAAGAGAGCUCGAAAAUUAAAAUUAAUUUCAUCACAACACAAUAAAUUCACAGAUCCAGAUAUCUUUAUAAUUUUAAAACAAAUCAUAUCAUUAGCACUAUUGGAACCUUCUCAAAUUGAAAUCACAUUUCAACAAUGUAAAAAAAAUUGUUUGAAAGAUUUUGGUGAUUUUUUCAAAAAUUUCUUCGUAUAUUUUGAGAAAUUCUGGAUAAAAAAAAUUACUCCUUCAGAAUUUUCAGUGAAUAAUGUGAGUGACAGAACUAACAAUAAUAUUGAGUCAUACCACAAACAAUUAAAUUCAAAAUUACCUAAAAAUCCUGUACCAGCUCAAUUUAUUACUACUAUAAAACAAUUAUUAUUAGCUGCACGUAUGGAUAAGAUUCGUGUUGAAACAAGCACUUACCGAAGUAGAGAAUGUAAAAAACAUACACGUGAAAGCAAUAAAGAAAUAGAUGAUUUUUCUAAAGCCAUAAAGAAUAUUAAUUCACGAGAUCCAAAUGCAGCAAAUAUCAUUUUAUCACAGAUAAAUAAUUUAAAUUGCAUCAAAAAAUUGAUAGACACAGAAAAUGAAAUUAUUAGAGAGCAUAUGAAUAACAUUGAAACUAAAUAUGUUGAAGAUAGUGAGUAUUACGGAGAAUAUGAGUAUGUUGUUAUUGGUGAAAAUGUUUCUGACACGAUAGAAAUGAUAAAAUAUAUCCGAAGACGUUUUCUACAGAAAAAUAACAAAAAAAAAAUACUACUGCUACAUAAAGCAGCUCUACCAGAUGCUUAUAAACCAGGUGUGUAUACAACUAUUGGCGGAAAGAAAAAACCAUUACAACGAACUAUAAAGAUGUCCAAGAUAGAAUCAACAAUGUAGCAUUCAGAAACAAUUGCUGGUAAUAUAGUGAUUUAAGCACGUGCUUCGGAUAUUUACCGUUUUGCUGAAUUCUCAAAAUUGAAUUUCGAGCAACAAAUUAUGGAGUUUAUUAUGUUAUUAAUAUUUACGAUUAGUUAGAUGCUUUAAGAUUUAAACAUUGUACUUCACAUCGAGCUGUUAUUAUGCAAUAUGCUGUUAUUGGUAAAAAUGUUUUUGACACAUUACUUUUUUGCGGCAGUGAAUUUUAUUUGAUUUAAAAACAAUUUGUGUACAUUAUCAGUGGCUAAACUAAUGUAUAGAUAAAGAAAUC